AUGCCUGAAAUUUCUCCACUCUUGAUUCCAAUCGCUUUGUUCUAUUUAUUAUGUGCACUUGUUUCGAUGGCUGGGAACAUUGUGAUGGUUGUGUGCUUUCUGAAGGAACGGAAGUUCAAUUCACCAUGUCAUUACUUGAUAACAUUAACAUGUAUAGCUGACAUGCUCCAUCUUUGCGGGCACUUUGUGUUCAAUUUUCAACUGUUUUAUCAAGGCCCUGGCUCCCAAGAGCUUUGUUUCUGGCUUCUCCUACCAUCUACGAUUGGUUUACUAAUGAGUGGUCCACUUCUACUUUCAAUGGGAAUUGAUCGUUUAAUAGCUUGUCAGCUACCUGUAUUCUACCGUCAACUAUGUUCUAGACCAAGUUUCUAUCUUUGCAUCCAACUAUCAUUUCCAAUAAUUUACACGUCUUAUAUCACUGUUAUAUCAUUUCUUCAACGAGAUUCUGAAACCAUGGUCAUUUGUCAAGUUCCACUUGCCAUGUCAGGAAAUUCAUUUGAGCUGUUCAAUCAAGGAGGUCUUCUGAUCAAUGUGGCAGUAGUUUUAAUUUACUUUACAACUUAUAUAAAAUUGAAAAAAGUUACCGCUAAUGCCUCUCAAUUGAAGACCGUAUUCAAAUCAAUUUUGUAUACCGUAAUUUUUGUAAUUCUUGGCUGGUGCACUGUGACCGUAGUCAACAUUGGAUGUAUACAUUUAGUGGAAAAUAUUGAGAAUCAACACAUCAUUUCUAUCUACGCUGGAAUUGGACUAAACUUGGCAUGUGUUAGCAAUGUUUUUGUUUUUUACACUAUAAAUUCGGAAUAUCGAUCAGCAAUCAGAAAACUUAUUGGAAAAGUAGAUCUUGCGAAGAUAAAACCAACAACGAGUAUUGUCAAGAGUACAACAAGGCAAAACAUGAGUGGAAAAUACUAA